AUGCGUACAAUAGCCCAUCAAUUAGUUGAUCUCCUCUGGAAAAAUGUUCUAUUUUUGCCGGAGGAACAAUUCUCAAAGCUGGUCCGCGAGCAUUCCAGCUUACUUUUUAAUGCUGCAAGAUCAGGGAAUGUUGAGUUUCUAAUUAUACUCAUACGCUCCUAUCCUGAUCUUAUAUGGGAAGUAGACUUAAAAAAUCGGAGUAUAUUUCACCUUGCUAUUAAAUAUCGACAAGAGAAUGUAUUCAAUCUAAUAUAUGAGCUAGGCGCAAUCAAGGAUAUCAUUGCAUUAUAUGCAGACCAACACAAUAACAAUAUGCUGCACUUAGCCGCAGAAAUAGCUCCUUCAGAGAGACUAAAUGUCAUAUCAGGAGCAGCACUUCAAAUGCAAAAAGUGCUAUUGUGGUUUAAGGAGAUAGAAAAGAUUGUGCAGCCUUCUUACACGAAGAUGAUGAAUCUCGAUGAAAAAAAAGAAGUUGCAGAUACGCCUUCUGAAUUAUUUACGAAGACACACGAAGAAUUGCAACAAGCAGGUGAAAAGUGGAUGAAGGAGACAGCAAACUAUAGCCUGCUUGUGGCGACAUUGAUUGCCACCGUAGUUUUCACUGCAGCCUUCACCAUACCGGGUGGAAACCAUCAAGAAAUAGGCACUCCUAUUUUCUUAGAAAGCAAUUGGUUUAUGGCUUUCUUCAUAUCAGAUGCAAUUGCAUUGCUGUCCUCAUCGACUGCGAUAUUGAUAUUCUUGUCAAUUCUCACGUCACGUUAUGCAGAAGAGGAUUUCCUUCAGUCAUUACCUAAGAGGUUGUUGCUUGGACUCGCAGCACUCUUCAUCUCUGUUGCAGGCAUGGUUGUAGCUUUCUGCGCAACUUGCUUUUUGGUCUAUAAAAGCAAAAUGGCAAGUGUUCCAAUUGUUAUAAUUGGGCGAUCUGCGCACCCAGAUGCGUACCUAUCCAACAUGGCAAGUGAGGAUUUGAGGUAUAAGAUAGCGGCAAAAUCAGUAAACGUUCAAGUGAGAGUUGAAAUCUCUGAAACGGGAAAAGAUGUGAUAUAUUUUUCUUGA